UUUGAGCUCGACAGCUGUAGCCGCGAGGCGCGGUCCCGUCGAUGGUGGGUUGCGUGCGCGUCCCCGGCGCCGUGUUGGCGCGCCCCCGCAGUUCCAGGUGAAUGGAAUGAGAGACGGGCAGGGAGGAAGCAAGCCAGUGAGCGAGCAAGCAGCGGAGUCGGUGCGGCUCCAGUGCCGAGGACCAGACUGGCGGACAUGGAAAAGACAGCGUGGGCUUGCGUCCUCAUGACAGCCGCAUUGCUCUGCCUACCAGGAGCGGCGCCACAUAAAGUCUAUUAUUCUUGUGGAGCUGUGGUGGACGUCACAAACGCAGAAGAAAGAGGCCUCGUUUUGUCCCCUGGCUUUCCAUACAGCUAUUUUCCUGGGACACACUGUGUGUGGCGUUUCUUCGUGCCUGCAGGCUACAGGUUAAUCAUGGAGGUGCUAGAGUUUGAUGUGUUUGAAAACCAGAGCAAAGAAAUUCCUUCGCCUGGCAGGAGGAGGUCAAAAGAUGCAACUGGUGGCAGAACCUUGUCCCCUGUUGACUUUAACAACACUGGGUCCAGGGUGGAGGUUAAUGUUUAUGAAGCCUAUUCCUUGACAACAAUUACGCAGAAUGAGCGCAGGUCCUCAUUGUCUAAAGCUGAAAGUGACAAAGCAGAUAAUUCUGCUAGGAGUUUAAUUCAGUUGGAUCCUCCUCUGACGGCUGGCGCUGACUCUCUUAUAUUAAAAAGCACCCACUCCCCUAACAGAGUGACUCCACAAUCCUACAGAGGAGACAGUGAUGGCUAUGCUCCAGACAGCCAAACUUCUUCUAGUGUAUCCACCACUGAUAUAGGCAAAUAUGUCACCAGGCUUGUUACCCUUUCUUCCCAGCCCCCAGCAACGGACUCGUGUCCUCAUGAUGUGCUUUAUAUUUCGGACCUGAUCAGCUUCUCCUCUCGUUUUUGUGGUUCAAAUAACCCUAGCGGAAGAAAGUUGGUCUUUGGCUCUUCUGCUGAGAUGGUUGAGGUUAUCAUGGAGCUCAUCACAACCACAGGAUGGGGAAGAGGUUUUGCACUUCUCUUUGAGUACCGCAAUGAAACUCAAGUAGUCACAGACCGUGACCGUUUCCUUGAGCCUUUGAACAAUGGAGAAGAGACUCUGCUUGCAGUAGUGACUGGAGCUGCUUUCUUUAUUGUUGUAUUUAUAAUCGUCAUCUGUAUAAUUUUCAGACAUAGAAUUUGUGCAAAGAGAGACAUCUCCUGCUCAUCGAAUAACCGUGAGUUACAAAGUGGUGUCCAAAACCUGGCAGCUGAUGUAAGUGAACUUCAGCUGGUUGUCUCCAAUCCAUCAAGCCUGGAGAUUUCAACUGAUAAUGAGAACAUUUCCCCAAGCCCAGCACCAACAGGGCCCACAGUCAGCAGUGGGAUGGGGAAUGUUUCCCAGAAUGCUGAGCUGGAGGUGUCAUCCAGUGGUCUGUCAGUAUCUGAGUCUGGUACAGAUGAGGUGUUUGUGAUCACCGCAGGACCAGGGCCCACUGAGCUAAACUUUUCUUCCUAUAAAGUAAAGAAAGAUGAACCUCUUGUGGAAAGUGAGACUAGUCAGGCCCUGGUGUCUGACUGGCUUACUCCUCAUAUGACCAGCACUUCACCUUUUCCUGAAGUCAAGAUCGACAAAGAGACUAGUGCCCCUAGACCACGGGCAUGGAGCGUCCGCACCUUCCAGGAUUUCCUGCCCCCUCUGCCACAGUUGCAAAGGAAAUGGUGCAGCUGGAAUUCCACCAGUCCCUUCACCAAGUUAGUGGAUAAUAGUGUCAGUGGUUUGGAUGCAGACUGUCAUCAGGGAAGAGACAGGAAAGUCGCUUCAGAUGCACACCUGGAAGUCAAGGCACAGAAGAACCAUUCAGAUUCAUCAGUGAGCAACGCCUCUUACCCCCUGAGCCAAUCAGCCCAGCGGCAACGCAGGCUCAACUCAACCAGCAAUCUGAAGAGGGCCAGGUUUGGAAGCCCUUACUUUGGGUUCAGAACAAAUUCCUCGGAGGGUACUAGUUGUCAGGCUGGUCAGGUGGCACCAGUAGAGGUCACCAGUAAACCACCUAAUAGGACUAUCUCACCUGAAGGCAGUUUAAUGACCAGAGACAUCCCUGCUGUUAAUUCUGAUGGAGCUAGCGAACCUGUUUUUGCAAUUUCAGAGGAAGAUGAUCAGCAGCCAUUGGUUUUUGCAGAACACUUCGGGCAAUCCAGUGAGGUAUCAAAUAUAAAUGGGACAGAUCAGGAUGUCUAUGCUCAAAGUAAAAAAGACCACAAAUCUACAAUGGGCAGGGAGUGUCAUGGUCUUGUAAAUGGGUCACCUUUCAACCCCAGCACAACUCCAGACUGGAGCAUGUGGGUAAAACCCCAACAUGCAGACCAUGAACAAGGUGAUCAGAACUUGUAUUGCAACUCAGAAAUACAAAACUCCUUCUCUGUGCCAGAAUCUGUAGGUACUUUUAACACAGAGACAUUCAGCUUGCCCCACGCAGCCAUCCAACCCUCUGCUGUCCUGGGGAGUGUCAGUGAGCAUGUCUGAAGCCUGGGGAAAAGGAGUGAAGAGUAACAAGGAGAAGGGGUCUGUCAAGUGCCAUCACAGAAACAUUGAGUGGCCACUGGUAAUAUGCUGGCUUGCCCCAGGUGAUCGUUAAGUUAUAGCUUCCUCCCAAUGAUAGGCUGGCUUUUGGGACUCGUUAAGAUAGCCAGUCAGUUUAAGUUCUAAUAACAUUUUCAACAUCUGAAAACGUUUGUUGUUUUUAAUUUAAAAGAAAACAUGCAAGAAAGCAUGAGAUGCUAUGUGCUUUCCUAAAUAACACCUGAACUGGUGUUCUACUAACAGGUUAAGAGAAUAAUAUCCUGCAUUAAGCAAUAGGAAAAUCGAGGAUACCUCUGCCAAAUUUGAUAUUUUAAUGAGGAAAAUCUGACGCCAGUCACAACAAAUUAUAGCUUUUGUCUUGGCAUAAGAUGAAAACCUCCAUACUUUCUGUGUGGCCUGUUUUCCAGAGUUGGCCUCAAAUGGGUAGGCCCCAAUGGGGAAGCUUCUAAAUGAAUUGACAGCAUAGACUGGACCAAACAGGGGAGUGCCAAAGGCUUGCUCUUUAUCCGUCUCACUUUAAACCUGUAUGAUCCUAGAGGGCUGAAGGGUACUAGUGCAGAAAUUUUUUAACGGGUAGAGACUGCUGUUUUAGCAGCCUUUCACAGCACCUUUAAUUCUCUGAAAUUGUUUCUUGUUCAAAAUCAGCUAUUUUCCCACAAUUGCUGAAAUCUAAACUGUUUAAUUUUGUAAUUUGUUAACAAAAUAUUUAAUUAAAGAAUAUUAUUCUGUUUCA